AACAACUUUAGAAGUUUAAGGUUUAUUUAUUUAAAAAGAAAAAAUUGAGUUAACUUUAGCCAAUAUUCUGAUCAACACAAGAAUUUGACAGGGUAUAAUUCUAUGCCACUGACAGAAUUCUACUAUUCAAGGUCAAGUUUCAAGGGUUGGCCAGUAGAACAGAGCACUGAUAGUUUCCAUUAACAACGCACCGCCCUUUACCUUCAUCCUUCAAACUUUCAUCUCUUCGCCAAAUCUCCCUCUCUCACUGAAGUCAGUUUAAACCAUUGAAACCCAAAUCGGAAAAACAGCAAUGAAUAACCAAGAAAAUGAGCAGCAAGAGCAACAGCCACACAUACACAGUAAUGAAAGUGACCUUACACAGCAACAAUGCAUUCAAGAACAAGAACCACAACAAAAACAACCAGAAGAAAACCAACAAGAAAAAGAAAAACAAGAACUACACGAUCACACCAUCUCAAAUCCAACACUCACCAUGACCUCUUCAUCCCCACCGCUAAAACCACCUCCUGAACCACCUUUACAGCAACAGCAACAACCAUUUGAUUCUCCACCACUAGACUCCACCUAUUCCUCCUCUCACACCUCUUAUGGCUAUGUCUUUUCUCCACCAGAAGCACUCAACUACCAAGAAACAACAACUUACCAAUCCUCAUCUCCACCAGAAGAACUCAACUACCAAGAAACAACAACUUACCAAUCCACAUCUCAACCAGAUCAAGUCUCUCAUUCCUAUGUAUACUCACCAUCAUCACCUGAUAUCAAACCGGCGGCUAAGCCCCCAUCCCCACCACCAGCACCAGCAGCUGCUGUUCCUGUUUCCAAGAUUGGGUCUAAAACCGAAGAUCAAGAAGAUCCGCUUAAGAAGAAAAGACCAUUUCUUGGGAGAAAGAAAGAGAUUUUAAAGAGAAGAGCUUUACUUGGUUGUAGAGUUUUUGGGUUUUUAUUUUGCUUAGCUUCUUUCUCUAUUAUGGCUGCUGACAAGAACCAAGGUUGGGCAAUUGACUCUUUCUAUCGCUAUAGAGAGUUCAGGUACUGUAUGUCAGUUACUAUUAUUGCUUUUGUGUACUCUGGGCUGCAAGCAUAUAGUCUUGCCUACUCUUUGGUCACCGGAAGAUUUGACAAAGCAAACCUCCGGUGUUUACUGGAUUUCUCUCUGGAUCAGAUAUUGACAUAUCUUCUCUUAUCGGCUUCUUCAUCGGCUGCUUUCCGAGUUGAGGACUGGGAAUCCAAUUGGGGUAAAGACAAGUUCCCGUCAAUGGCAAGAUCAUCUGUGGUAUUGUCCUUUCUAGCAUUUGUGGCCUUUGCAUUAUGCUCUCUUCUAUCUGGUCAAAUCCAAUUCACCCCAAAAUCUACUUAGUUUAUCAUGUCAACUUGGAACACAUACAGUAAUUUAUGAUAGAUAGGGGAAAGUUGUCUUAGCGCAUUGGAAUCAUUCUAAAGUAUGUACAGAAAAACUUGUAUUUCCCUUACACCAUGGAUGCUACAAUACCUUGCAUGGUUGCAAUUUUAAAGAUUUUUAGCAUUGAUUGUUGCUCCUUGUGAUAAGAUGGAACCGUGGUUGGGUGCGGGAUUUGGACCGAGUGAAUGAUCAAAUGCUUGGAGAACUAUAAUUUUGUUCGAGCAAUUCUCUGUUAAUCAGUUUGCGGGUUCAACUUUCUGUUUAUUAGUGUUUCAUUGUAUAUUAACAUAUUCUUUUUGGAUGAGGGUGGGGGAACAAAAGGCUAUUAGUUGUAAUUUGUUACGCAAGAAGAAGCCAAUAGCUGUUGCUAAUAGUUGUUGAUUUCAUAAGCUUCAUAUUGUAGCUUCGGCUGAUGCCAUUUUCUUGAA